AUGGCCUUUUCCAAACUCCCAGACUGAGUGGGCAGCCUGGGCAGGUUCCAGGUUCUCCAGAUGGUGGCCCUUGUGGUCCCCACCAUGUGGCUCACCACUCAGAAUAUGCUGGAGAAUUCCUCGGCCACCAUGCCCAGCCACCGUGGCUGGGUGCCCCUCCUGGACGACAGCACUACCCAGGCCAGUGUCCCCAGGGCCCUGGACCCUGAGGCCCUCCUGGCCGUCUCCAUCCCACCGGGUCCCAACCACGAGCCCCACCAGUGUCUCUGCUUCCGCCAACCACAGUGGCAGCUCCUGGCAACUCCUGCAGCCACCGACUGGAGCGAGGCUGCCACGGAGCCACACGUGGAUGGCUGGGUCUAUGACCGCAGCACCUCCCCCAAGACCCUCCCCAGGUCCUGGGACCUGAUGUGUGACUCCGAGGCCCGGAAGCCCACGGCCCAGUCCAUCUACCUGGACGGGAUCCUGGUGGGAGCUGCUGUGUGCCGCCAAGCCUCUAACAAGUUCGGACUCGGGCUGGUGCUGACCUGGAGCUACUUUCCGACGGCCAUGUGGGGCACGGCAGCCGCUUUCCUCCACACCUUCACCGUGUACCGCCUCUUCCGCUUCCUGGUGGCCUUCGCCGUGGCGGGCGUCAUGAUGAACCCCGGCACUCUCCGUAGGUCCCCCGACCCGGGCCGUGCAGGGGCUGCUCGUGCAGCCUCCCAGGCUGACCCACGUCUCCUUGCAGUGACGGAGUGGACAUCGGCGCAAGCCCGUGCCUCGGCAAUGACUUUGAAAGCCCUGGGCUUCAGCUUGGGCCAGGUCCUGAUGGCCGCAGUGGCCUACGGCGUGCGCGACUGGGCGCGGCUGCGGCUGGCGGGCUCCGCCCCCUUCUUCCUCUGCUUCGUGUACCCCUGGUGGCCGGCAGGCUCAGCACGGUGGCUCCUCCUUACGGGCAGGCUGGAGAGGGGCCUGCGGGAGCUACAGAGGGCGCCUGCCGUCAACGGGAGAGGGCAGUGCGGGACGCACUGACCAUCGAGGUGAGGCGGGGCUGGCCCUUCCCCCUUGAAUCUCUCUUUCACGUGGUCUCAGGGCUGCCCAGGUGCAUCCCGACCCAGCCUGACCCACGGCGCCUCUCUGGGCUGAGCAGGGCCAGGCCAGAGUGAGAGGGCAAAGCCACAGGUAGGCAGUGCGGCCCCUCACAGG